ACAGAAGCCUCCAUUAUUGUGAUUAUCAUCAUCACCAUUUUUGUUGAGCCCUCUUUCCUCGCCAUUUCUUACAAUCCCCCCUUCUUACCUUUUCUCUUUGGCUGGAGAGGAAGAGAAACGGAGAAGAAUCAUCAUCAGAUGGGAUCGAGCAUCAGCCGAACGAGCUCGACCUCCCAUUCUCGGCCCGGCCCCCUCCAAGCCCUUCGCCCCACCAUGAGGCGCUCUAUCUCCUCCGUCCUUAUCUGCGGCGCCUCUUCCUCCUCCUCCUCCACCCAGAUGGAAGAUUAUCCAGCUGAAUUACUGGUAAAUUCUGCUGAACAUGGUCGUAGAAAAAAGUUGAAAUUCCCAAUAAGAAAUUCUGAUUUGUCAGAGGGAAGUGGAGAUGAUGACCUGAUCAGUAUCAAAAGUGGAAGAGUGGUCUCACCUGGAAGAUUUUUGAGUGCAAGCCAUGAUGAUCCUACUGAUAGAUCGAAAUGGGUGUCUAAAAGUAAGGAUUUGGUUCCUUCUUGUCAAUCCAUUGACAGCAAAACAUGUGAUGGAACUGCUAGUUGUUCCUAUGGAGGUCAACCAUCUCCCAUUUUUGUAUCUGGAAAUGAAAUGUCUAGUAUUGAUAAUAUGAAUGGCAUAAAUUGCAACAUGAAAGGUGACACAUCUCGAAUUGGUCAAGGAUUCAAUAACUCAAGCGGUGUAUAUUGUGAUGCUCUUCAAGAAUCUUUUUUGGAUGAAGUUUCAGUUGAAAAUAAUGUCUCUUCGGAAAUCAAUUACUCUAGUUCGGACUUUGGAUCUUCUUUGGUUUCUGAUUCAUCUUUGGAUUUCCAUUUAUUGAGAGACAAUAUUCAUCAGGAGGCAACACCUCAAGAUUUGGAAAAGGAACAGAUUAGACAAGAUGAGAAUCUACUUCAUGUCGACAUAGUGAGUACAUCAGAUACCUCGCCUGUUAAUUCUGCUGAAAUAAGCAGCCGUGAGACCAGAAGGAGUAGAAGAUUAUUUUGGGAUGCAUUUUCAAGACGCAGUUCUAGGAGGCAUGCAUAUUCCAGAACAUUUUUGUUUUCAUCUUCUGGUUCUGAUCAUAUGAGAUCUCCAGACAGACAGCUCCUCGAUUUUAGUGGUGGCUUUAUUGAUGAUGAGUUUGUAGGAGAUUUAGCUUCUCGUGGAAGUAGAUCUCCAGGCGCUAAUGAUCAUUAUUUGAACCCCAGACUAGAGCUCUGGGAUAGACAUGGUGGUACUCUUGAUUCAACAUAUUAUCAACCCCCAGCUUGUCCUCGGGGAGUACAUGCUAAUGGGUCAUGCUUGUGCCAAACUAGUUCAUUAGCUGAAGAAUCUGGUCCACGUACUGGCAUUUCUCGGAUAGUUAUGCUGGCAGAAGCAUUGUUCGAGGUACUUGAUCAAAUUCAUCAACAGCCACUGUCACUUUCCUUGCCAGUGGCCUCACUUCCUGCUCCAGAAUCAGUUGUUGAUUCUUUUCUGGUGAAGACACAUGGGAAGUCAGAAAAAUUGGAAUCCGCAGAUGAUAUAUCACAGUGUUAUAUAUGCUUGGCUGAGUAUGAGGAAGGAGACAAAAUACGAGUUCUUCCAUGCCAUCAUGAGUAUCAUGUGUCCUGUGUGGACAAAUGGCUUAAAGAAAUACACGGUGUGUGCCCACUCUGCAGGGGAGAUGUUAGCCUGGGUUCCACAGAGGGCUAAGAUUCAUUUGAGGUGGUUAGUUUUGUACAUAUUUGUUUGAUAAGAUGGGUCUUGACUCUAGAAGACCGUCUACUUUGAUGAAACACUUUUCCAUUUAUACUCUGGGAUCAUUGCUGAUUCCAAUAGCAAAAUCUUGGUUGAUAGUGAAGUUAGUUAAUGAGUAGUGUAAAUCAGAGCAAGGAAAGACUGACAGCAUUGCCAAAACUUGUAUCAUGGUAAUUGAAGCAUAGUAUUUGCUCAA